AUCCUCCACCACCCUCUUCCAAAAUCAAAGCAGAGAAUCAAACACGAGACUGAAAAAAACAAAUGGCCUCUUCAAAGUUUAGAAGGACAUGUUCCUUCACUAACCUCCUCCUUUCCUGUUUGAAUUUGGCCCUAUUCAUCCUUUCUGCUUCCUCAUUUGCACCCACCAUUCUCCUCAAGAUGCCACCAACUUCAUUUGGCAUGGCUCUCCUCAUGGUCUCUGGCAUCUCACUUCUCUCAUCUUUUGUGGGCUUCUACUCCCAACUGACACACUUGUGCUUCCUCACCCACACUUCACUUGUAGUGGCCUCGUUGAUUGGACAAGUGCUGAGCAUAUUAGCCUUGUUUACAAAAGAGAAAGCAAGCAUGUCCCUGCUGAAGUCACCAAGGGACAUCAAAGAAGCCAAACUUUUGGUGAGGCUGGAGUGUGGGGCUCUGAUGGCAAUGUGCAUGCUGCAGAUGGUGGUGCUGAUGCUGAGUUGUGCAGUGCAUAGUUGUUGGGUGAAGGAUUAUGAGAAUCUGGAGGCAGAGAAAGAGGCCUCAGCAAGGAAGAGGAGUAGAAGGGUUGCGGAAGUGCAAGAGGAGUCCAUGGCUAAUGCCACCAAGAUGGCAGAAAUCAAAGCUAAGGAGUUGGAUGAGAAAAUGAAAAGCAAGUACGGGAAGUGGGUCAAGACUGAUUUUGAACCAUGAGAUUCAACACAUUUUGCUUUAUCUUUCGUUUACCUCGUGCAAUUGCAGAUGUUUGCAUCGUUGUUUUUUAACUUGUUACUUCUUCAGUUUCCUGUUGUUGCUUGUUUGGGGUCACUAUGAGUGUGGCCGGUGAAUUUGAAUGUUGUGAGCAUUCAAGGUAGAAUUUUUCUGUUGCUUAAUUAGGGAGGAUUCAUUAUGUAUAUGUUAUUGAAUAACAAUAUGCACCUCCAUUUCUCCUCCA